AUGAGCUCCAGAUACUACGAACUCCAGAACGAGGCAGCCAACUCCCGUACAUCCUCACCCCACCGACCAUCAAACCGAACAUCUACCUCGUCCGAAUCCUCUUCCUCGUCCUCGUCAUCCUCAUCAGGAUCCUCAUCCUACUCUUCAUCAUAUACCGACUCAGCAGCCGCCCGCUACUCAAUGGACGCCUCGCAACCACGCGUCGAAGUCAUGCGCUGUUCGCGAUGUGCAAAGUGUGUCGAGACCGUUAUCAGCGCCAGGGCAGGAGGUGAUGUAAGGAGAGUCAGUACAGACGAUGCUCAGGCAUCGGGAAUGGUCAGAUUCGGUCACAAUCUAUACUACUGCGAUCGUUGUGCCAGAAUGGUUGGCUACAAGUGA